AUGGAACAACAAGAUUUAUAUAAUCUUGAAGUUUCUUUACACGCUCACUUAUCCGAUAAAACCAUUGACUUCAGGAAUUUAGACGGAACAAGUGACCUAACCGUCGACAAAUAUAAAUUUUAUGAAGGCUGCGUUGUUGUGGAGUUUAAGGACCAUAGGCAGAACCCACAAUGUGAUGGGAAAAGACAGUUACUACGAAAAAAUGAUGACUCGCUUAGGGAAGAUAUACUAAGAUUAAACAAGUCAACUGGCUCUAACUGGUCACAUGAACAAGCCUUACAAGUAGAGGCUAAGUUGCUUGUUUUAUUACAACCUAAAUUAGAUUUGGAUCCUAAUUCAGUUCCUGAAUGGAUCAUUCCGGCAGAUCCUUCGGACUCAUCAAAUCCUAAUAUAAUGCCAACUCAUCGUAAAUUAAAGAAAAAGAAAAGAAAGCUUAAUUCUUCUGAGUUGGAGCAAGAGGAAACCAAACGAAUGAAAUAUGAACAAAUGAUAGAAUUUAAACCUGAGGCACGUCUGAUAAAAUAUUUUCGUAAUCAAAACCCAACAAACUCGGCAAACUUGGCAAACCCACCAAACUCGGCAAAUGGUGUAACUUCUCUUCAGACAAAUAUUAAUAAAGGAAAGAGAAGGAUUGAUGUGGAUCAAUCUGGGCGCAUGGCAUUGAAAAAAGCUCUUGGAGCCAGGAUAAGAUCAAUGAAAUUUGAAAGUGAUUGUUUAUCUGUUGAAGGGGAAGGAGAAACAAAUGAUAAAUACACGGUCAUAGUACAUGCUUUUAAUGAACAAGAAUUAAAAAUGACUGGAGAAUAUUCUAAUUUUAUUCGAUCGGUAGAUGGGAAAGGAUAUUACAAUAAAUUAGAUGACACGAAAUCAUUGUUCAAUAUGAAUAAUAAAUUUCAAUAUGAUUCAGAUAAAUCUUCUCUUACAGCAAUUCAUGAAUUAACGGAGGAUUAUGCGAAAAAACAAACAGAAAUUGUGAUUACUAAGGGAAAGAAACCACAUGAAAUUAUUGAGUUUUUAACACAAAAUCCACCUUCAAAAGUCAUUCCAUCACCAUUUGAAUUCAAAUCAAAUGGUCAAACUAUAAAAAUUGAGACUAUCUCAGAUCUUAUUGCGGCUGCUACAAUUAAGGAAUCUCAAAUUAAUAAUGUUGUGAAAUCUGAAACUCCGGUAAUUAAUCAAGAUCAAAUCGCGAUGCCUCCACCACCACCUCCGCGUAGACGAAACUCGCAAAAUAAUCGGCAAAUAUCACAAGUGACUUUAUCUUCUGCAUUGACCGCAUUAACACAUAAUCCCCAUAUUCCCAUAAAAUCUGAUGUUCAACAACAACAACAACCUUCCUUACCACCCGUUCCAACUCAAAAUCAAAUACAUCAUCAUAUUCCUCAAUCUCAACAAUCUGAUCAAUCUCAGCAUCAUCAACCACCUCAAACUCAAGCAUCUCAUACUCAAGUACCACAUACUCAAGUACCAAUACCUCACGCUCAAGUACCAGUACCUCAUACUCAGGCAUCUCAUACUCAAGUGCUUCAUACUCAAGUGCCCCUCACUCAAGUGCCCCUCACUCAAGUACCCCUCACUCAAGUGUCCCACACUCAAGUGCCCCAUACUCAAGUACCAGGAUAUAUUCAACAGACAUUAUCUCAUACUGAGGUAUCACGCGAAAGUCAAUCAAUUAAUAAUCGAUCGACUCCAGAGCGACAGCAACAGCAACAAUAUUCACAACAUUUAAUUGCACAUUUGCAUGAUAAUGUGAAUAUUCCGAUUCCAAUUCCUAAUCAAGUCGCAAACAAUAAUAUAAAUCUUCAAAGACAAAUAAGUAAUCAUAAUAACAUGAAUAUGCCGAUUCAAAUUGUUAAUAGAUCAAAUGGACGAAUAAAUAUUCAAAGACAAUUAGCCAAUCUAGGCCACAAUUCUAAUGUAAUGACCAAUCCGAUUCAAAAUCCCACCAAUCCGGUUCGAAAUCCUAACAAUCCAGUUUCAAAUGUUUCAAAUGUUCCAAAUGUUCUCUCAAAUGUUCCAAAUGUUCCCCCAAAUGUUCCAAAUGUUCUUUCAAAUGUUUCAAAUCCUAGUGUUAUUCAAAACUCCCCCGUAAUUGCUGACUCUCGUGUGAUAUCAAAUCAAGUUCAAAACAACGAUGCUAUAGUCAACCAAGUUCAAUACAAUGGCGCAAAUAAUAAUUUAAAUAAUAAUAAUAUAUCAGUACAAUUAACCAAUCAAGUACCACCAACAAAUAAUGCAAAUAAUGUUCCGAUACCAAUCAAUCAAAUACUCAUGAAUAAUAUUAUAUGCAUAAUAUGCGUCGUUUAG